AUGGAGAUUUCAUUGACGUCAGUGAUAAAGAUUCCAAGGACAUACAUGGCCGGCCUGCUAGAGAUCGGAAUUCCAACGCUAACUGAAUUUGUGUGCGAUAAGAUUUUUCCUGAUGUGGGAAGAAGGUGCUAUUCAGAAGAAGACAUUGAUAAACUUAUGUCCUUCGUAAUAGAAAGGUAUCAUGUUCAUCUAGAGGCCGAUGAUAAAUUUGAGAAGACCAUGAAAGCCCUCCCAUUUGUUCCAACCAACAGUGGACGAGUCGUAGCAGAAGGCAUCUUUGAUCCCAGGGAAGCCCUAUUGCAGGACAUUUUCGCUGAUGAAGACGUGUUUCCUGUUAGAGAACCUUAUUUAAACCCUGAAUUCCUGGUGAUUCUAGAGAAACUUGGCAUGAAGAGCGAGAAAGAAAUCUCUGUCCAUGACCUCCUAAAAAGUGCAAAGAAAGUGACUGAUGUGCCGAACUCUGUUAAAGCGAGGCAAAAAUCAGAAGCCAUAAUGGCUUACUUGGAGAAAAAUCCUAGGAAACUCAAGGAAACUUUUUCUGGAAAAGACUUGGGAUCACUGCUUUGUGAUAUAAAAUGGGUAUCUGCUCUGAGAAAAAAGCCUCAUGGCUUUCCAAAGACCCUACAUCUCUACGGAGAAACGGCCAAAAAAGCCCUUUUCUACAGGCCAACAGAUGUCACAAGUGAAGACAAAGUGAACCUUAUUGGAACGGUGAUGCCCAUUGUUAAAGUACACAGUCAAUUGGCCAAACAUUUCGGCUGGAACGAGAAGCCCCGUGCCUCGGACGUCGUGAAGCAUUUAAAAACGGUAUCGUGCCAUUACACCGCGAAUGAGAAGGCCCAGUAUAUCGAAAUGGUAAAGGAAAUAUACUCCUUUCUUGACCAGCCUAAAGACGCUGAUGUAGAAGCGGCCAUGCAGGAAGUUGAGCGUUCAAGUUGGAUAUGGAAUGGAGACGGCUUUUCCUCUUCUAAGACCAUACUUACUCAUAAACCUCCAAUUGACCUAUUGCCAUAUAUUUUCUCCCUUCCUUCAGAAGUGAAACAGUUCUCAAGGCUUUUCACAACGUUUGGCAUGCAAGAGCGUUGUGAACCUUUGUCCCUUCUUCAUGUCCUUCACCAGAUAAAAGAGAAGUAUCUUGAUGAUGGCCGUCGCUUUCCUCACUCAGAAGUAAAGAAAGAUUUGCAGAUAUCUGUUGACAUUCUAAAUGAGAUCAAGCCAGAUGUUGGCAAACAGCUGCCUUGGCACCUUCAGGAGAAAGUUCUCAUACCUACACAUGUAGAGGGAGAUUCCUGUGUCAGGCUAGUCAAAGUUGAAGAUUGCAUGUACUGUGAACGCGAAUGGCUUGAAAGAGGCAACCUUGACGAAGAAGUGGAUUAUUUGUAUGUGCAUCCAAAUGUCCCAAAUAGUACUGCAGAACUUCUACAAGUUCCCACUUUAACUAAUCGAAUGCUCAAACCCGAUGAGAUGCAAAUAGGAGAUGAAUUUGGACAAGAAGAGAAAUUGACAGACAGACUUCGCCGACUUUUGGAAGAAUACACAGAUGGAUUUUCCGUACUUAAAGAGCUCAUUCAAAACGCGGACGAUGCCGGUGCUACUGAAGUUAAAUUUCUCUACGAUAAGAGAAACAAUAAAGAUGCACAAACCUGUUUGAUUGACGAAGGGAUGAGAGAAUGCCAAGGUCCUGCUUUGUGGGUUUACAACGACGCGGAGUUUCGUGAUGAGGAUUUUAUUAACAUUACUAAACUGAAUGGUCGUACCAAAGAAACCAAAACUGAGAAAAUUGGCAAAUUUGGACUAGGUUUCAACGCAGUGUAUAACCUGACAGACGUUCCAAUGUUCCUUAGCAAAAACUUUUUUGUCAUCUUUGAUCCCAGCACCCUCCAUCUGGGCAAAGCGAUAAGGAACAAAAGCAAACCGGGAAUGAAGAUCGACGUCAAUAAAAACACGAAGAGGCUACGAAAUUUCAAGAACCAGUUUAAGCCCUUCAAUGGCAUUUUCGGAUGUGAUUUGCUUCUCGAGAAAGAAGACAACUCGUUUAAUGGAACACUUUUUCGAUUUCCGUUGAGGACGAGACAACAAGCCGCAAAAAGUGAGAUAAAAAAUCUUCAUUAUAACGAUGAGGAAAUGCGUCAGCUGUUGAAAACCUUUUACGAAAGGAGAGACCUUUUGCUUCUGUUCACACAGAACGUAAUCCGUGUUGGCCUUUACAGCUUGCAUAGUUCGUCACGUCAAAAUCCACAACCAAAAAUGUUGUUUCAGGUCACCAAAUCCCUAACAGAAGGUGGAAUACUGAGGGAAUUGUCCCUUCCUGUCAUGUUACCUCAUACUGCAAGAAAACUGGACGCAGAGCAUCAGAAGUUAUUGGAACAAACUAGUUUUCUUCAAGCGGCGUCCAUGGUUAAAAGAAAGGCAAAGGGUUGCAAAGUUUCUCCAAAGGAAUCUUGUGUGUCUUCAAUUGCUGUGGACGUUGAAUGCCACCUCACCAAUUGUGGAGCAAGUUUUUUCAAAACUAAGGAGGCCUCACAAGAGUCUUGCACUUGGCUGGUGGUAUCCUCAAUUGGGAAAGGCGAGGCAAUGGAGUUUGCACGAAAAGAUCCUAGUCUUGUUCCAUCAGCGGGAAUAGCUGUUCAGCUGCUAAGGAAAACAGAAAACUUUUUUCUGCCAUCUCCUGUCACGAAGAAAGACAGUGGACUUAAUCUAAACGGUACGAUUUUCUGUUACCUUCCACUUCCAAUGCACAGCGGUCUCCCCGUACACAUAAAUGGAGCAUUUGCAGUGACUUCUAACAGACGUCAUUUACAAGAGAAACUUGAAGACGACAAAGAUUGCUAUGGAGUGAAAUGGAACACAAAGCUUAUGGAAGAUUCUAUAACGUCUGCUUACUUUACUUUACUAGAGGAUGUAAAGUCAAUUGUACCUGAUGACGGUUCAUAUGCUUUCCAUUCAUUAUGGCCGAAAGAGUGCGAAGUACAGAAACAUUGCUCGCCUGUUCUGACAUCAUUCUACAAACAACUUGCAACUGGUUCUCAUGCAUUCUUCUCUGAUGGCAAUGAAUGGUUUUCGGUUAAUCAAGUCGUUUUCCUCCAUCCCAAUCUCCGCUUGGAUCCUAAAAUUGGAGACAUUUCAUUUGCUGUUUUUCAACAAUGUACCAAUGUUAUGGACAACGUAGUUGACUUGCCAGCGGAAGUCUUCCAUUCGCUUGUUCAUUGUAAACAGUGGGGUGUAAUAGAGAGCAAGACCUACGACAUCGAUCGGUUCUUUUGUGAAAUUUUCUUCCCUAAUAUUUCAGCUGUUUCUUCAAAAUUGAGAGAUGUAUUGGUUUUAUAUGCUUUGGAUCAAAACAAAAGUGAUUUGGACGAACUGUUGAAGAGUAAUAAAUGCAUUCCCGUUUCACCGAGUGGGAAAAUCCUCAAAUUCCCAAAACAGUUAAUUAAUCCAACCAAACGUGCUUCUACUCUGUUUUGCCAGGAAGAUGGAAGGUUUCCAUGUAGCAACGAUGAAUUUCGAAAACCUGGUAGACUGGAAAAGUUAGAAGAUCUAGGAAUGCUUUCUGAUGAACUUCCCUGGGAAGACAUCGCAGAAAGAGCAGAAAGUAUUCCGGGGUUAAAUGCAGUUGACAAUAAGGCAGCGGUCAAACGUGUGAGGGCGUGGCUGAAACUCGUAGAAAAGAAGCUAAAGGAAAAGGACAGGGAGAGACCAACGCAUUCUGUCCUAAGUCGUCUUCUGGUGGCUCGAUUUCUGCCAGUUCUUGAAAAACCGACGUCAUUUCCAUUGCAUUGGAAGGGAAACGAAUUUCACGGCAGUCGAAAGCUUCUGGCAGCGCCUAAGGACAUCUUUUUGGAGGAGAAAAAGUACCAGGUAUGUUGCACGGAGCCAAUUGUUGGCUUAGCCAUUCCAGAAAAAGUUAAAGAGCUGCUCGAUUUAGAGGAAAAGGAAAUAACUAUACAUCACGCGAUGAAACAACUUGAAGUUGCCUUUUCUACGGAAAUCAGCACACUGAAUCGUAAAAGUUAUGACGAAGUAAGCCGCGUUUGCUCUGAGGCUUAUUUCUUUCUACAGGAGAAAAUGGUCAGCGGUGCAACUUCUGUUGAGAAAUUCUUCACUGAAAAAAGAUUCAUUCUUGUGGGGAAAACGUUUCUUUCUGUAAACCAAGUGGCUUUCGAAGUUAAGAAUGAUUGCUCCCCUUACCUACAGCGACUUCCAGAUCAUUUUCGCGAUGAAUUUGCUGAUUUAAUGAAGGUUGCUGGCGUGAGGGAGCAUUUCGAACAAAAAGAUUACAUUUUUGGUCUCCAAAAAGUGAAAAGAGAUUUUGGAGAGAUGAAACUGGAUGAAAGGGCUCUACAGGUGGCAAUCAACAUGGCGAUUCAACUUUCCGAGACGUUACAAGGAUCGAAUGACGAUGAUUCAGAGCCACAGGAAAAGUGGGGCGCUCUUUAUCUUCCUGAUUUUAGAGGCAUAAUGCGUGAUGUGCAUGACCUUUGCUACAAGGACUGCCCUUGGAUGCCUGAUGAUCCAGACGAACUGUCCGUUCAUGAGAAGAUUCCCUGGUCAACCUGUAAACAACUGGGUGUUAAAACACGCAGGGAGGGGGCUCUGCAACAUCACGAUGCUGGGUUUCCUUUUGGGCAAAAGGAAGAGCUCACAAAUCGAUUGAAACGAAUUUUGAUGGGCUACCCAGGCGAGAAAGAAAUUUUGAAAGAGCUUCUUCAAAACGCUGAUGAUGCACAGGCAACUGAGAUCUGCUUUAUUAAAGACCCCAGGCACCACCCUGAUGAAAAAGUGUUCAGAGAAAGUUGGAAACUGGUGCAGGGUCCUGCCUUGUGUGUGUACAACAACAAACCAUUUACUACGGCGGAUAUCGAAGGCAUUUGCAAGCUUGGCGAAGGCAGCAAGGGAGAAGAUCCGAACAAAACUGGUCAAUACGGUGUUGGAUUUAAUGCUGUCUAUCACUUAACUGAUGUUCCAUCAUUUAUUUCCAAGGGUGAGGAAAUUGGUGAUGUUUUGUGCGUGUUCGACCCGCACUGCAAAUACAUUCCCGGUGCAAGUAAUGCAAAGCCUGGAAGAAUGUUUAAAGGUAUUGAAGAGUUAAAGUCAAAGUUUCCAGAUGUUUUCCCAUGUUACCUCGAGGAGCAUUUUCCCUUAGAAAAUGCAACCAUGUUCAGAUUUCCCCUUAAGUCUGAGAAAAUGGCGAAAGACUCACUAAUAUCACAAACCCCGGUUAGUAUGGAGAAACUGGAGUUUAUGAUGAAAGACUUGAAGAAAGAGCUUUUCGAAGUUCUUCUUUUUGCGAACAAUGUCAAAAAGAUAGGCGUUGCAUCGAUAGAUGAAAGUGGAAACCUCCAAAAAACCUACUCCGUUCAAGUGAGUAUGUCAAAUGAAGAUGAAAGAGAAAGGCAAGCAUUCGCUGCCUACAUAAAUAAGAUUGGAAGAGAGACGAGAGAAAAGGCCUUUCUUCCCACGAACAUAACGGCCAAACAGUGUACCUAUACACUAACACUGCAAGACAACUGCGGUAAGAAGGAGAAGUGGUUAAUUGUCCAACAGGUUGGCUUAGAGAAGCGCGUAAAAGACAGUAUCAACGUUGCCUUUAAGGAAGGUAAGCUCGGGAUGCUUCCUCGGGGUGGUGUGGCUUGCCUUUUAGAUUGCAACACGGCAGAUGCGAGAGGAAAAAAGAAAGCUUACUGUUUUCUUCCACUUCCAUUUGAAACUGACCUGCCGGUUCACAUAAAUGGUCACUUUGCGUUGGACCACGAGGCCAGACGAAGUUUGUGGAGGGAUGAAGCUGGAGGUUAUAGGAGCGACUGGAAUAAUGCUUUGUUGUGCGAUGUCGUUGCUUCCUGUUAUCUCACCCUGCUACACAAAGUGCGUGGAUUCCUCCAACUGCCAUUUGUUCAAAACCGUGCAACUCGCAAUGGCACUUUCAACAGAGGUGAUAUCUUAAAGAGAUUAACUUCUUACGAAAACCUGUUUCCAGUCUCUCCCAUAGAAGAACCUUACUGGAGGACGCUGGUUAAUUCAGUAUUCCAAGAAAUAAACACUAAUGGAAUGCGCUUGCUUCCGUUAGUGAGACCGGUAAAGACACGAUCAAGUAGCCGUGCAAAAGUUUCUGAUUCUGAAAAAGUUCAAGUCACUUGGUUGCCGCCCACGGGUGCUGGCAAGGAGCAAGCCUUCUUCAAUGAUCUCGACAUGAAUGGUUGUUUUGCACCAUUGCCACCAAAACGUUCUGAAGGCGAGGAAGAACAGAAAAGAAGACAAGAGUACAGAAUUAGAACAAAGACCAAAUUUGAAGAAACUUUGCUGGAAACUGGUUUCAAUCUGCUCGCCUUCUCCUUGAAGGUUUAUGAUGCAUUUAGCAGAGCAGGAGUGCCGGUUCGUUGUAUCUCUCCUUCAGCCGUUUUAGACUUCUACAAGUCAAUUUGUGAUCCAGAUCCGCAUGGUGAUAUCGGUGUAAUUCCAUGUGAUGUAAGCAACACGCCAUUCAAGGAUCAAGGAGGGGUGAUUCGUGUCCUAAAGUAUUGCAGAGAUGAUGAGCAUUUUUUGGAAAAACUUCAUGAUCUCCCAUUACUUCUCACCCAAGACAACGUUUUAAGACGGUUCAGCGAAAGUGAUCGCCGAUGUUUGAGCCAGUAUGCAGACAUUUUGCCAUUAACCCCAUCUCUUUUUGUGAACACCGCGGUUCGUAGUGAAGUAUUCGGUGCCAUUGAUUGUGGGGAAAUUUCUGUGUUCCAGCCCUUUGAUGUCAACUUUUUUGCUUCACAAUUAGCAAAAAAUUUGCCUGAAGGUAUCUAUAGGCGAUACUAUUCCGUAAGGUGGCGUCCUGAUAGCCAGGGUAACACUUUGCCUAAUCACCGCUGGAUUUACAGAGUAUGGGAGUUUUUACGUCAAUUUACUAACGAUGUUAUGAAGAAAACAGACGUGGAAAAGGAGAAGAAAACUAUAUUCAUUCGAAACCUCUUGUCGCCACUCUCUGAUUGGAAUAUUCUUCCAGCAACAGAAAUAAUCCAGCCAGAAAUCCUCCAAAGGCAGCAUCCUGUGAUGCGUAGCGAACAAAAACUUUCAGAUCAGAUUUUGGUGCCCUUGAAGAAAGCCGAAACUGUUUUAGAUUUUACUUAUUGCGGUGAAUCUAGCACUAGGCUGGUAGAGGCUUUGCGGAAUUUGGGCUUGCCAGAGCUUAACAAAUCUGUAAUGCUAGCGAGGAGUGCUGAUUCAGUACCUUACAUCAAACCGGAGUCAUAUGAAUUCGCACAUAGUCUCGUAGCCACCCUCGAGUCGCCCCAUUCUCUUAUCCUAGUUCUUAAGGAGAAGCUUGAGAUGGAUCUUUCUUCUUUUGACGAAAAAUUAACGCUCUCAGAUGCUAUAGGUAUUCUCGAAUACUUUAGCCGUAACAUCGAGAGCCUGGAGACGGUUGAUCAGGAAACUUUGAGGAAACUGCCAUUUUAUCCAACAGCAACUGGCAAUCUUGCAAAGAUCAAAGAUAGAAACGUUUUUCUUCUUCCUGGAAUCCCCAAGGACGAGAUGAAUGUUGUUGAAUCCAGACUUCAUUGUCUGUUUUUGGACCCUCUUGCCAGCUUGUCAAAAAUUUUUGAGUUUUUACAACUGCAGCCUUUACCUCCGGUAGAAGUCUACUUGAAGUUUGUCUUAAAAUGUUUUAAGCACCUCUCUGUCAAGGGUAAGUUGGCACAUCUCCGAUAUCUUCGUCAACUCAUUUUAUUUCCAGUAGAGACAGGAAGUAAGGGUGAGGAGCGUGAUAACAGAAGAUUGCUUGACUGUUUAACAACAGUGGAAUUCAUUCCGUCAAUAGGCGGUAUCAUGAAAACCGCAUCCAACUUCUACGACCCUGACAACGAAGUUUUCCGUGCAAUGCUAACCAAAGACAUGUUUCCUCCAGAUCCAUUUGGUUGGGAAGAAUGGCUGCCCUUCUUGAAGAAGAUAGGUCUGGUUGAAGAAGUCUCUGAAGACCAAUUUUACAGAUUUGCAAUCCAAGUUGCACAAGAAGCUGAAACAGCACGAACUGAGGAGACGUACAGGAGGUCUGAAGUACUGGUGCGCCACCUCUUCUCUCGACAUAAUGUGGUAGGGGAAUUUCUUUUGAACCGUGUCUGUGACGUUCCCUUUGUUGCAGGAGGUAAAGUCAAAGAAUCUCUGCGGGCACUCUGCACACCGUUUGGAGGAAAAAAGGAUAGCGAAAUUCCAUUUAUUGCAUUUAAAAGUGCAGUUGUUAGUGAACAUCAAGAAAUCGUUUGGUCAAAAGCCUCUUUGCUACCAAAUUCAGCAGAUCCAAGAUUUCACCGCUAUGAGCUUGCACUUGGCUGUCCUCAUAGAAAUGUUGACCAGUAUCUGAAUGAUCUCCUCUCCAAACUGAAAAUUCUGAAGAAGCCGCCUGUUGAUCUUGUGGUUAGUCACUGUGAAACAAUCUGCCUCCACCUUGAAAGCAGAAACGAUAAAGAAAACGCAUCAAGCGAACAGUUUUCUGCGAUAACGCGGGUCAUGGAAAGUAUAUACAAAUUUCUACUGGAGAACGCGAUUGACGAUCUUGGAGCAAAGAUCACGCUUCAAACUACUCGUUGUAUUUUGAUUGAAAAGGGCAAGAGAUUCAUUAUACCAAGUCAAGCAGUCCUUGAUCUGUACGAAAAGGAUGAGAUAAGACCCUUCCUUUAUGGAGUGCCGCCAGAAUUUGGCAAGUUUCGAGAACUGUUUGAGUUCCUUGGAUGUUCCAAGUAUGCAAGACCCACCCACUACGCCAUGGUCCUCGAGAGGUUGCAGAAGGGUUGUAAGGGUAGCAAACUUAACCCAAAUGAAGUUCGCAUAUGCUCUAAGGCUGUAAAAGGGUUUUUCGAUACGUUGCAGGAAGAAGAGGAGAACAUCUCUUCACUUUCUAAAUUGUACUUACCAGCCAUGCCCCCGGGAUGUGCUUCUCCAAAUACGUUUCCUAGUAUCAUCCCUGUUACUCUCCACCAAGCAACAGAUCUUAUAUUUGAUGAUUCUCCUACUUAUAGCAAUCGAAUCCGUGGGCUUCAGAAAUGUUUUGUGCUUGAACUAAGCCUGAUGAAUGUAAGCUGUAAAUCAACGAUGGUCAACUUUAAAGACCUGAUGAUGAAAUUGCCUUUGGAUGUACAGCCUAAGAUGCUUUCUUCUGUGGUCAACGAAAAACUAAGCUGUCCUGAGAAAGCCGUCAUAGUGACAGAUGGUACUGUGAACCAACUGAAACGUCAACUUUCGACUGUGCAGUUUGGUCGUGGAAUUGCUAGGAUAAUUAGAGAUGUGAAUUCUCAUAAAAAGGAUUUUAACGAAAGUGUCAUUGCAGGCAUCGAAAAAGGUCUACGAAGCAUUGAUCUCUGUGCUGUAAAAUUUCUGGAAACAUCCCUUUUUUACAAUGGAGGUCUGAUUCCGGGAAGUACGGCUGAGGUUCCCUCUUUCGAGGAAAAACUGGUGUUGUCUGACCAAGAGAUACGAAGAGUAUACAUUAACACCAAAUCUGGAAUCGAUGACCCCUUGUCCACGGCAUCUUUGGUUACUAACGUAAUCGUCGAAAUGUACGGGGAGUCUCUAGGAAAGAAGGCAUUUGUCAUUUCUGAUAUGUUGCGUUAUCCUCCUUCAAAAAUUUGGUCACUCCUAGACAGAAUGGGGAUUCGAAAAGAUGACAGCUAUGUGGCAGCGGAAAUGGAUAUCUAUCCCGAACCAGGAACCCUGAUUCCAAUCGAGGACCAUCAUUUGCUUAAUGACGCAUUCGAAUUAUUUGAGCCUGACGAAUACGUAGGCUGCCAGCUGGACGACCCUGGUCUGCUCCUCAAUUCCACGUUCAUCUACGCAAUUAUCAUCGACGAGGUAAGUAAUGAGGACGCAGAUCUCCUGACGAAGAAGUACAAAAUCAACACUGGACACGACAAAGAACCAGCAGUAGUUAAAUCUAACAAACUGUAUAAAUUCCACUGCUUAAAUGACAUAUUUGAACAGCAACUAAAUUGUUGCCAAAACAGACAAGAGGUCCUAAAUGAGGUCACUGAUCUACUAAAGAAAUCAUGGGAACUGCCACAAGAGGAAAAGCUCCAAAUUAUCAAGCGUCUUUGUCUACGGUGGCAUCCAGAGAAGAAUUUAGGCAAUGAGGAAUUCUACAGAGCAGUUCUCCAGCACAUUAAGAAGGAGGUUUCACGGCUUGGAGGUUCUUACGACGACUUGUUUGCUUUUUGUGAAGCACGUGCAAGGGAACAUGGCUCACAGCGAAAAGGAUACAGAGAACGGUUUUCUGAGAGGUUCGGUUCCUGGGGGUCCUCACCUAGUCACAGAUCAAAGAAAAGUGUUCCUCCAAGCCUUUGCGAAAGGAAUCCCCAACCUGAAGAAGCCAAGCGAUGGUUUAGACAAGCUGAAGCUGACCUCGAGGCUGGUGCAAAUGAACUUGCCUUUACCAGCCCUUCCUUUGAGUGGGCAUGCUUUAAAUGCCAUCAGGUAAGAAUGAGUCCGUGACCUAUAUUUCCAAGUUGAUGUAUACCUUCAGUUUGUAAGUAGCGAAAGAAACUGAAGGCACUGCGCUAGGAGUAAUUAUUAUGGGCUAAGCAUUUGAAUCCGCACUUUGGCCUUUUCCUGCCUUUCGUAUUCAUUGUAACAAUUGGAUCGGCUAAUUAAAAUUCAUGAAUGAUAAGACAGUUGGUUUUCCUUAAUAAAGAUAAUAAGUACCUUUUCCGCACAAAUGAAGGGAUUUUUCUUUACCAAUAGGCAGCUUCCUGCUGCAUGUCCAAUAGGUGUAUACUCGUUUCUUUUCACGUGUUUAUAACUGUCCUCGUCCCCCAACAGUGCUUAGUUACCUGUAGCAAACGAAACAAUAGACCUGUCUAUAGUAGCCCGUUUAUAAGUACCGCAGGUUAAAAGCAAAAAAAAAAAGCUAGGGAAAUGAUUUUCUGUAUGAGACCACAGUUUAGCUGGAAGAGAGGUAAUGUGAUCAUUCGAUAAGCUAUAUGAUUCUAAAAUUUUCCUUUCUUUGUACUCUUUUCUUGCAUUUCUUUACGUAGGUGUACAUGUCUUGGCUUAAUGAAACAAAACACAAGAUAUAGUUUUGAAACGGAGUUUUAUUGAAACCUGAGAAACACGAAAUGGAUAGCAGAAAUUAGUAUACCUCACAUAUUAUAAGCAUGCACCUAGGCUUCACAUUGUAGAAUGGUUUUUUCACAAACAAACGAUUGGGCAAGGCUUUUCGCUUAUUACUUAUGGCUAGCUCUGUCGAUUCUUGCCAAUCAAAUUGUUUAGGGAAGGUAUAAUCACUCUUCAUUGCUCGCUUUGACUUACGAUACUCACAUUUUUGGUUAGAACUGCACAAGGUUUGACAGUAAAGUAAACAACAGUAAGUGGUGGGCUUGUUUUAAAAAUAUAUAUUGAGAGAGGCGGGGUAACCAAGCAUCCACGUCUGAAAAUAAUUAUCGACCUCGAAUCGGCCUGUCAUUGGCCAUACAUCGUCACUACAUCGACCCCACAUCGCAUAACGAUUUAUGAUAUUUGCGCGACAUCAAUUUUGAAUGUCGAAGCUACACAAGCAGGAACAUAACCCAUUUUUCAGCCUGUUGAAGGUUUUUAUGUGGUAAAGAUACCGUACAGAUUAUUUGCGUCAAGUACAUAGAUUAAAAAGCCUGGAAGGAAAACAGCUCCUUAAAGCCGCAGUAUUUUGUAGUUUCGGGUUGAAAGAGAUGUUUUGUUGUAACUCAUUGAAUCCAUAUGACAAGUUAUUUAGUUGUUCGAGAAGUGAGAGGACAUUUCAGUAAAUUUAUUAGCCGGUGAUCAAAUUGGCCUGGAAAACUGCGCCGUUGCUUAAAUUUACAAUCAAUAAGUUGAAUUUUAAGAGUAAAUUUAUGUUCCUCUAGGCAGCAGAGAAGGCCCUAAAGGCAGCUCAGUAUGGUGUAGACGCAGACAAAAUUUAUGUCCACAAUCUGGUUAGAAACUGCCACAAUUUGGGAGACCCUCAGUUGACUGAGUUAGCGGACAAGCUGGAGAGCCUUGUGGGUAACUCAACACGCAUGCGCUAUCCAGACAGAAUGGCCUAUCCCAAGAUACCGAAGGACGUGUACAAUGAAGAGAAAGCAACGAAAGCUUAUGAAAUAGCUAAUAAAAUCGUUAGGAAGGUGGGAAACAGACUCACCUCAGGUAUGAAACUUUCCUGAGUAACCCUUAAAACUAUAAAUGUGACUUAAACGUUGUGUUAAAAUUUUCAUUUCUGCAAGAAGCAACAGAACUGUAGUUGUAUAGACAUAUGUUGUGUUCACAAAAUGCUGAGAAUGUUAUUCCCUUUGCCUACAUUACACACGGCUUUGUUGCAUACCUUAAAAGUAAAACUAAAGGGUCCUCAUUUAACGGGUCCUUAUCUGUUGACCAAACCCCGAAAACGACGGUGCGCUCACCUUGCUCAGUCCUCCGUUAAAUGGGCAUUUAAAACAGCUUUAAACUAUUUGGAAAGGAAAGAAGUCGAAUAAGGGACAGGAGGUCACCCAUGGGAAUCGGACUCAGAAUCUUUCAUUCAGAUGGCCAUGCCCUAACCAACGCUGCCAGCACUUGCUUCUUCGUCAAUCGCUGGGUGUCCUAAGACGUAACUCCAGCUCUCGUUAGCUUUCAAUACAUUUACUAUAUCCCACGACAUUUUCCACGGUCUCAUAGAACAUAAAUUUCGACCAAUGAGAACAUGAGAAAUCGUUUAGUUAUUGCAAAAAAAAAUAUAAAAAGAUGUCUAGGGAAUGUUGUAAGUGAUUGAAUCACAAUCCUGGACAAGAGUGAAUGGCAGAAAAUGUUGUGGAUACCUGGUUCAAUUCAACGUUGUAUGCGGGGUGGGUGUAGGAAAUGGGAGCCGCAAAUGUAUGGACUUUUGUUCAUAAUGGUCUGAAAUAAAGUCGAAAAGAAAAACGCCAAAACGCCCCUUUCUCAGAACUGUAUAGAGGUGUUUUUCCUCGCUCCUGAUGAAAGAUCGUCAUACGCAAUUCAGGCAAUCUUGUAGACAAAAUUCCUUGGGACAGACAUGCAAUAUUGGUAAUUAUAUCUACGUUUUAGCAUGCUCUCUUGAAGCAGCGUUCCUUUUUUCUACAAAUGCCUGACAAUUCUUCCUCCCCCGCCCUAUACAAUGCUGAAAGGCACUUUGUGGCACUUUGGUCCAUGAUUAUAGGAUGGUUAAAAAAUAUUACAACAUACUAUCAACACAUACCGGCCUGGCUUAUAAAUGCUUCGUCACUUGGCAACGGUUACAAGUAGGUAAAUGUGGAGAGAUGUUGUCAGUCUUUUGCGGGUUGGGUUUGUGGACCUCUUAGUUACUUGUGUUAGUGGAUCGGUAACCCCAGACAACUAGCUUUAUAUAAUGACAUUUUUGUAGGAAAAUAACAACAUCUAAAUCUUGCUGCUUUAUCCAAGACAAAAUUAAACAUUAAUCACUAAUAAGACAGCAACACAAGUCACUUUUGUCUUUACUGUCCUCUAAUUACUGUUUUAUAUAUAAUUUACAUGUAAUGAAGCUAGUCAAAAGGGACUGCAACUGUUUCUUUCAUUUCGUCUUCGACAACGCAACAGAGGCCAACACUGUAACAUUCCUUCUGCCCAUUUCAGAUUUUUUACUUAUUGCACUUUUUCAAGAGGUUACUACCAAAAAAUUACAAUAAAUUACAAAAGUAAGAGAAAUUAAAACAACAUUAAAUUACUAAAAUCAUCAAAGGUGAAAUGGAGCUUAGGCUUUCGAGUUGGUCGCUACCACGUGCAACUAAUUGGUGUAGACAUUUAAAUAACGUAUAACAGAGACAGUAAAAAUAUAAGUGCAUAUAUACUUACAAUUUUAUAUAAAACUAUAGAAUAGAAUAGUCUACAAAUUGCACUUGUUUUAAUUUAGGCUGAAAUUUGUGUUUGUUACAACCUAACCUUUUAAUUUUAUCCCUUGUUUCUUUAGACAAAGAAGAGAAAAUUUAAAAGGACCGAGGCCAUUUUUAGACAUUUAGCUGAUUCUGCCCCGUCGUCUCUCAGUCUCUUACCAACAAGAGAAUUAAUGGGAGCGCGAGGGAUUGUGGGAAGAAAGAAUGUUUUUGAGCUGAUACGUACGGAAAAGUAACUUGAUUAGGAAUCAUGUUUAUACUUUGUUAACUUAGUUCCCCAUUAUUACAAACAACAUAUUAAGCUUCUGAUGCACUUUCCGAUCGGCAAGCCUAUAAUCGAAAGGCAAAAUUACGUUCAAUAAUCUUGAAACUAUUGUUUCAUAUAUUUGCUUUUAUCUGGGAUUUCCAUUUUAAAAUGGGAGAAAGUAUCAGUUAUCAAACGCGCGACAUUGCUUGGUUGCAAAAAUGUAAAUGAGACAUACAGUCUCUGUGAAAUUUCGAGGAAUUUGAAAACAAAUUCUCCGAAACCAUUCAGAUCUCAGGAUAACUUUUUAGAGAUUACUAACCUAACAAUAACCAGGGAUUGUGUUUUACAGUGCGACCGGGAAAGCUUGAAAUAUUUCAGGAAUGUUUAUUGUGUUAUGACCAAUCACAGCAAAGAUCAGGAUAUGUGAACUGGCCACAAAACUACAAACUAAUUAACGGUCAUGCUUACGGUUUAGCUUUCUCGUGAUUGAUUGGCUUUUCUAUUGCAUGACAAUAACAUUCCAGAAUAUUUCUUAUGUUCACGGUUUUCCCGGUUUGACAGUAAUUUCUUGAUAAGAAAAUGCACAUUUUACAGUGCGACUACUUUAAACGGCGCCACCUAGACAAAGUUAACCAGUCGGAUUACGGGAUAGUAACAAUAUAUUCCGAGAAGUCAAUCAUAAUUACCACGAAAUGAAAUAAACUAAAUGGAUCGAAAUCAACCAAUUACAACGAACAGGCAUGACCUUUUAAGCCCGCAAAAGAAAGCAGGUGUUUUCCGAGAGGUCCGCUAGAUCGAGUGACUGAAGCAAAAGACUUCAGCGAUAGUUAUAUUUUUGACUUUCGGCAGCAUGUUAUCGCAAAGUGCGGCAAUAGUAGCGAAAGGAAUAGCUGGUACAAUGUAAAUGACAAAAUAACAGCUCGUGUCAAAGAAAUAUGUCUCCUGGGUGUUGUAUGCAAAGUUUCGAGUAGAAAAACAUUGUCUGGUGAAACAUUUUGCUUUCAUGAAAAACGUUUGCUAUCAAUAUUGCCUUUUUUUUCACGAGCUGCUGAUGACUGACUGAGAACUAACUUUCUUGGAAUGUAUUCUUAUUUUCCUAUUAUCCGAUUGGUCAACAUUCUCUAAGUGGCCUAUGUUAUAGUAGUCGCAUCGUAAUAGUGCGAAAGUUAAACGAAGAUUCGUCUACAGAUUCAGUCGACAUCCCUUUUUUAUCUUUGGGUUCAUUUUCUUGCUUCUCGGUACAUCGGUUUUAUCGCAUGUACGAAACGUCAUUUUGACGAGGAAAGUUAGAAUAUCCACGAUCAUUUAAAAGGGACAAACCGUAUUGUAAUCGUUUUAAUAGAUUUUCCUGAUUGAACAUUACAAGCAGAGUAGUAGACCGUGAUCGCUACCAAAGGUUAAACUAAGUUGUGAGAGAAGGACCUUUCUUUUUAGUGGCGCGAAAAUUUUAAUGAAGACAUAACUUAACAUAGCAAAUGCUAAAGGGCAUACAGGUUUUAUGCCGUCGAACAAGACAGUUUUUUCUUAUCGUAAUUGUUAAUAACGUUUUUCAUGAAAUUUGAUACUUUUUAAGUUUCUUUUUUUGUAUUUUAUUGGUUUUUAGGGUUUCUUAUACAUUGUAUGUUGUUUUAAAUUAUGUCAUAGUACUUAAUUUCAUGCUUCAAAAAUAUGAUUUUAAAAUCUUAAUGUAAAGUAGUUUUUAAGAUGCGGGCCCUGGGCCCUGUUAAAAUAAAGUUUUAGUUUAUUACAAUGCAUUUUGAGUAUGUUUGAUUUCGGACAGUUGGAGCCUUUUAAAAAGUGAUCUCUUAGAAGAAGAGCCAUAGGUUGAAUCUUCAGCAAUUUUGAUUUUUCUCAGGCGGAAUGUAAAUCAACUUAAAAUGUUAUCAAAAUGUUUUGAAUUGGGGUACAAUCCUUUUCUUGUCUUCCCUCUUUGAUUUAUAGUAAGGAGUUACGUUAAUUUUUAGCAUCGACGAAGACGACGGCAGCGAAAAUGUCACUUUGCUUCAGUUCUACUUCUCUUUUAGACAGGUGGAAUGGAGGAAAAAGAACUAAUUCGUACUUCGCACUAUCUAUUACCCAUAAACUUGUAGAAAACAAAGCUAAUAAUAUAAAGCAUAAGGCAAAUUUUAAAAACAAAAAUGGUCUUUUGAAACGGUUUAUCACAACACAGACUAAGACUGUAAAGCUUAGCUUUUCUAAACUUAUCGAACUGACCUAGAUAAAGGCUUCCCUAAUUUGAAGCUCGGGAUUCGGGGUUUUUAAGCAAAAUCCGGCAAGCUUCGGAAUUGAAAGUAUACGUGCGAGUUAGAACGCCCGAAAUAACCCUCGGGAUUACGGGAUGGCACAAACUUUUGAGUCGGAAAUACGGGAUUGAAGAACCCUAUUGGGACCCUCGGCUUAUACUGCAGCAGGCUGAGCUGUUUUAGGAGGAAACUGUUUGAGAUGUGAUAAUUGUGUUAACUUUAAUCCCUUGUUUUCAUGGCAAGUUUAAUUCAGUUCCACUUUCCUUUCAGUCAGUUGUAAUAAUUUCCAAAGAACUAAUUCUUAAUUCGCUAUAACGCUUAAAGGUGUUUGCGAGCAUAUCCGCCUAUACGCUUCAAUUGCACGGUCAGUGGGUGUUCUCGAAAACUCAGACCUCAAAGACUGAGAGGUCAAUUAGUUUUAAAAAAGACAGUUUAUCUUCAUUGCAAUUUGACUUUUUUUUUUGAACCACUGAUCAACUGUAGAUCUUUUCCUCGGAUGAGAUUGGAAUUUUUCUGAGAAAUCGUUGCAUGCUUGAAACAGUUCGAAGUCUACUUCAUGAAACUGAGAUCCUUCAGAGGAAAAUUGAAUUUCGGGAAAUGAUCUUUUUUAGGACAUGCUCUAAAACGAGCCGAAGUUUUAUAUGCAAGGAGUGUAUGAGAAACUAUUGUUUUAUCUCUUAAAUUUUUAAACAACCUGGGAGAAGAGGUUUUGAAAUACAACACAUUAUUUUGUUUCCUCAUCUGGAAACUAUCCUUGCUAUAGUUCUUUUAAAGAACUCUCCCAAUGUUUUGAAAGCUACUUUGCCAAUUCACUUUGGAAUUUUUAUAUUACAGACGGUCGUGUUUCCAGGAAAACACGCACACAACUUCCGAGAAACGUGAAGAGGAAAAUCCUAGAGUCGGAUUCCUAGUGCUGUGUUCCUUAUUCCAAGGCCCUGGAUUCCGGAUUCCACAUGAAACAAUUUCCCGGAUUCCGGAAUCCGGAUUCCCUUACAUCGGGCGAUUCUUAAGAAUUCUCCAAGUGCUUUGAAAGCAAAUUUCAGUGCCACUUUACCAAUCCACUUUGGUAAUUUUAUAAUAUUACAGACCGUAGUGUCUCCAGGAAAGCACCCAAACAAUUUCCGAGAAAAGUGAAGGGGAAAAUCAUAAAAAGAGUUAUAUUGAAAAAUGUACAUUGAAAGGGGUCCCGUCUUUAAAUUUAAACAUAUCAUCUUACUGAAAGUGCAACCCUUCCAUACAUAUAUGCCGUCCUGACUGGAACAAUAUUGUACCUGAGAAACCAGUUAAGAUAAUUAUAUUAAUCUCGCCCCGUUCGAGUGCUUUUCGGAUACAUCACCGAAAAUACAUUGGCCGAGAAGGCCUGGGAAGUUCCAGUGCUGCUUCAACAGAUCGAUUCCGAGAAAUCUGCUCACGUGGCGUCUGCCAUUAUCCAAGAGCAUAUUCUGGGAAAGAUUCAUUUCCAAUAGAUUGUGGACAGGGAAUGGUUUACUUCUCUGUUUCCGUGAACCAGCGAAAGCGGAGUUAAUCAAAAAAGGUAUGUCACACAUAUUCUAAAGCUGAAAACAGGCAAAAUUUAGUCUUGGUUGGUGGAAUUCAAAGCCCUGAAUCCAAGUGUUUCAGCGCCUCCUGUAACUGAUUAAUAUUCACCUUUUUCCGAGAAACCUGUUCGCGGAACGACUGUAAGGGACUUUAAGAUCCAACGACGUGGACGACAACGAGAACGUCAAAAAAGAAGCAACAACUACGUACACCACACUUUUUGACAUUUCUCUGCCCGUUUAAGCACGACUACGACGUGAAAAUGCCUAAUUUUGCGUUUCGUGGAGGACGUAAACAAGUAACGACGAAAUUUUACUUCUGUUUCUGAGCUUGAAUAUGUUCCCUUGAAAUUCAGCUUCAGGAGGGUUCGCCUACAAUUGACAAAGUAAGUAGGUAGGAAUAAUCGCUAUAAAGAGAGAGAGAACGCAAAUUCACUUUUUUAGCGACGUUCUGGUCGCCGUCGCUUCGUUGGAUCUCAAAGUCCCUAAAUCAUUCAAGCGAACACAAAAAAGUAUCGUGUAUCGAAUGCAUGGACGAGUAAAACGGGCAAAAUAUUGGAAAUUUCUUGAUUAAGACCUAAAAUUUGGAGAUGUUAAGAUAGACCCCUCCCGAAAUAGCAAGUCCUAGGCAAAAAUGAUAUGUAAAAUGCGUUUUUUAUGCGGACGGAUCAUACAGCAGAAAGGACCUCAGAAAGGGAUUUAAUGGGCGAGUAUAAUGAUCGAUCUACCGAGCAGCUACUGAAACACUUCCUCUUUUCCGAGAAACAAGUUACGAUAUGUUUAAGUGUCGUCUGUUACUUUUUUUAGCUUGUGAAUUUAUUAAGGAAGUGGCAAUCGAAAGAACGAGAUUUUAAGAUCUAUUAAGAAAUUUUACAGUGAACGGGAUGUUUUUAGGAGCGGAUGGUAGGUUUUUCCGCGAAUAGGUACAAAUGAUAUGUUUUUAAAAGGUUUUGGCUAUACUUGACAGCAGUGCACUGUGAAAAAUAAAAAGGAAAGGAAACUUUGUUUGCACUUGAGGGGUUGGCGUUGUUGUUUGGCCGACUUCCGUCUUGCGGAAAUUGACAUCUGCUCGCAUAAAAGUUACUACAGUGUACGAGUUCAAUGCAUGGCUACAUGUCAAGGAAAUAGUUCGUAUUCUAACAAAAAUCGUCGAAAUAUUUAUUCAGAAAUUAUUUUCACAAGUGGUGGUGAGGUUUCUAGAUAAUUCCGUAGAUUAAAGUGUUUAUUUCAUUAUUCAUCCGAUUCGCUUGGGUUCUUUUCCAAAACUAAAGCAUCUUAAACACAGUAUUUCGUGCAAAAGUUUAUAUUCAGUGUAACCUUAAGCCUUUGCCUUUUACUAUCCUUUAAUCCUCAUUAUCGAGUUUCUGAAUUUCGAAAAUUUCUACAGGCAAACUCUGGCUCAGGCGCCGAGGUAUUCAAGCCAGACAAAACAAAGUGAAAUGCAAACUAUAAGUUAGAAAAAUUCAGAGGAAAUAACCUUUAAAAAAGAGCCACGAGAAUUGCUAUCUACUAAUUAUAUCCUAUUUUUAUUGGUUUGCUUUAUACUGAGUCUUUGUGCAAUGAUUAAUAUCUAGUUGGUGUUUAGCAGCACUUCUUGACUACAGGGAAUUUACUUAAUUUUAUUCACUCCUAGUUAGUUUUCUCGCAUUAAUUAUAAUGGUCGGUUACUUAAACCAAGUCUAAUUUACACCGCUGUUUAAGACAUUUUUGAACCUUCAGAUCUCCCCCUCAGUGUGUCAAUUUAACAGGAUAAACGGCUUUUCUACUCUAUACGCCUUAAUGAAACUGUUCAGCAAAAACGGCUUUUAGAUAAAACCCUUGCAUAUUUGUGCAAGCUGAAAAUGACUUAGAACGCGGUUUUGUUAAACACUGGUUAAACUCCGUUUAAAUAACCGGUCCAAUGAGUUUCUUUGCAAUUAGCGCCCAGCAUAUUUGAUUAAAUCUCAAAUUUUGUCCUGUAGUUUUCUUCAUUCUCGCCAUAAUUUUCAUUUUGGUUUCAAAUGCUGAGAAACUGGGAUUAGAGUUCCCACCUGCCAGAAAAUAUAAAGAUUUGAAAAAGUAUCGUCCUUAAUUCUCUUUCCUUCCUUCUCAGUCUUUGUCCUUGCCUGCCUCCUACUUUUCUUUCUUCUUUGCUUCCUUGUUUCCAUCCUACUUCCCACUCCCCUCCUACUCCCUCUCUUUCUUAUUUCCUUCCUGCUCGUUCCCUUCUCUGGCUGCCUCUCAUUUUAUCGUUCCCACCUUCCUGGCCCAAUUCCUCCUUACCUUCCUCCCUUCAUCUCCUCUUUCGUUUCUCCUUCUUCUCUUCUUUCCUAUCUUCUUACUUUCCUACCUUUCUUCCUCCCACCCUCUCUCCCCUCUUUCCCUCCUUUAUUCCAUCCUCUCCUCCUUCCUUUUAAACGUCCUUCCAUUCCUUCCUCCCUUCCCUUUUUUUUAAUCUUUCUUUUCUUGGAAUCGUUGACUUGUAACUAAUUGCUUUUUUUUUGCAGACCAGGGAUAUCGAUAUGUUCAUGUGACGUGAGCAUGAUGAGUGAACAGCGUAAGUAAGAUUGCUUCUACAAGAUAAGUUGUCUUAUGUUUUGACUCUGAUAUAACUUGAAACGCCGCCACUGAUUCUCGAACGUUUUUUGCUUGUUUGGUGGUUGUAGAGGAUGAUGAUGAUUUUAACGUGAUUCAGCCAACCCUCCUGCAACAGUUAAAAACCAUACUAGAUCAAUAUCCUGAUGAUGGGCAGAUACUGAAGGUAAUCUUUAUGUAGUUAAAAGUCUUGAAACAGAUCUGUCUCAACAAAUCUAUUCCUUUUGCCACGUAUUUGUCUACUCAGUCGUUCUGAUCUCAUGCCAUGCGCACAUUUCAGUUUUUUGUCACUCCCCGUUUUUAAGGAAGGGGGGGAAAUCCGGUACCCACCUCCCCUCCCACCCCAUUUAUGUUUGCCGUUCAGGCCACGCAAACACACGGCCGGAAAAUAUGAUCUCCAAUCCGGUAUUUUUGCUUUCUUAGUUAAGUAGUUUUUAGCAUCAUCCCAUUUGACACUGUUUAGGGUCUGCUUAUAGUUGUCUAUAUUUGUUUUUGUUUUUUUUUUUGUUUCUUUUUUUGGAAGGAACUCAUCCAAAAUGCAGAGGAUGCGGGUGCAAGUCAAGUGAAAUUUCUGCAUGACAAACACAGUUAUGGAAAGGAAAAGCUACACAGUCAAAAACUUGCCACCUUUCAGGUGAAUUUUGUCAAAGAGGUAGCUAGGAAUGAACAAUGCAGGGUUACCAAUUCUCUGUAUAGAGAUAAGCAUCUUGGGUAUUUACGUUUUCUCGUGAAUGGCUCGUCACGAACCAAGUCGAUCGGGAGAUAUUCAUAAGCAGGAGAAAGUUUAAAAGUUGCAACACACAUUAUUAGACCUUUCCACGGUUUUCACAAGUUUUUAUACAUACUAGUUAGCGAAUGACGACUGACACUUCUGAAAACAGCGCCUCAAAAUAAUGAAACUUGCCAAUUUUCAAGCAGCUACGUUAAAAGCAAGCGAAGGUAUUUCUCCAAAACGUCAAGAAAUUAUACAGACGUUUGUAUCAUCAUCCAUCUUCCUACCCAUCCAUCCAUCAAUCCAUCCAUCCGAUGGGCAAUACAAAAAAAAGGCAAAAUAAAACAGAAUAGAAAUUUAGGUGCAUUCUUAGCCGGACAAAUCAAGAUGUUGCGCGCAAAUUCUUUUAUACAUACUUUAGAGUGUCGUUACAAGACUGGAUACUGGUCAGCCCAGAGUUCUAUUCUCUUAAUGGACAACAUUGAGGGUCUUAAAAUGACUGCAGGGUCUUAAGGUCUGACAUCUGAAAAUUGUUUGCCUUUCUUUUCUUCUGGGAUGACGACAAAAAAACGAAAGGAUCCGUUUCACAACACAGCUCAACGCGUUCAGUCUGUCCGAGUCCAACCCUAGCCCUAAAGACAUCCGACCCGACAGUGUUCGUUAACGGGUUGGGUACGGAAGCACCUCGUGUGGGCAGUUAACGUUAACGCCUAUCCCAACUGGGCAGGUCUGUGUCCAGUUAAGGUACCUUUGUAGAAAUCUUGUUAGUAUCUUUAGUUCAAACUUGUAACUGCUUCGUAACAGGGUCCAGCGCUUUAUGCGUACAAUAACGCCGAGUUUACCAAAAGCGACUGGAGGGGCAUCAGGAUGCUCUGUGACAGUAACAAAGUGAAAGAUCCCAUGAAAGUUGGUCGGUUUGGCCUUGGUUUCAAGUCAGUAUUUCACAUGACAGGUAGGUAUAUCGCAUAUAUAGGACAUACAAUUAGCACCAUUUAUAUCUGUGAUCGUCUGUAUCAAGUGUUAUAUUCCGCGUUUGUUUGUUCAGCUUUUUAUUUUUAGAAUUAUUGGCCAUGCAAAGAAUUAGAAAUAUGAUUUAUUUUUUUAUUACCCGAAAACAGGCUAAUUUUGAUAAUCGCCCACAACAAGAAUAGAAACAUAAUAAAAAUCCAAAACAGCUGAAACAUUUCAACGACUUAAGGCAAACUAAUUGGCUAUCUGUUACAAAGGAUACCUUAACUCAUUAUAUCUGAUUAUAUGACCUUGCAUGGCUGUUUCCAAACGCGUGAAAGAUUAAGUAAAUCCUGUGUUGUUAUUUUCAUAGCGCUUCUUUUGCCCGUUAGGGGUUUUCCGCUUAGGACCUGCCAAAAAUAGUUCUCUUGAGAAGAUAAUAAAUCCAUCACUCCAUCACUCGCCAGAUAUGUUCGGUCAAGAUGGCUUGACGUAGCCUCGUGCUUAUUUCUUGCCUUUUUAUUGGCCUUAACUUCACGAAAAGUUAUCUGCCAAUAUUCAGCAGUCAUGUGGACGUCACGUUUGGUCAAUAACGCAUAUAUCUGAAGCAUGUUUCCUUGGCUUUUAGAUUUACCGAGUAUCCUCAGCAACACACGGAUAGGUUUCAUUGAUCCGCUGGAGCACUUGAGUGAUGACGAAUAUCGAAUAACGGGGUUCAGCUGGCUUUUAAAGGAGCAGGAAAAGAUUGAACAUAUACAAGAUCAGUUUCGUCCUUACAAAGAAAUAUUUGAUUGUAACGAUAAAGUCUUUUCUGAUGGAAAGUACGGUGGGACAUUGUUCCGUUUCCCUUUACGACAAACUCCAUCCAAAUUAUCAGAGACAUUGUACUCGGAGGAAAAAAUUGACAGGUUGUUUGACAGUUUCUUUGCCGAUGCUCACCUUGUGCUUUUGUUUCUUCGAAAUCUGGAAUCCAUUGAGCUUUACACACGAGAGAUUUCAGAAUUCAUGCCAAAAAGAAUCUUUCAAGCGAAAAUCACUGAAGAUAGCCUUGAGUUAGUUAGGAAGAAGAGGAAGGAGUUCUUUGACAAAAUCGAACUAGGUAAACACAUGCUUGAGCCUGUCACAGUGACGUAUCCAGUCACAAUUGAGAAGGUGAUUAUGGGCAUUGAAAACAACAUUCAACAAUUUUCCUUCCUUGUCACCAGCUACUGCUGCGGUGGCGACGUCUCAUCCGAAUUUGAGAGGCUCCUGACAGAUGAAGAACUUAGCUAUUUACCCUCCGUUGACGUUGCUAUGGGGGUUCCCUCGACAGAAAACCUGCCAACGCCUGAUGUUGCUGGUCACGUGUUUUGCGCUUUGCCCUUGCCUGUGCAAAAGAAGAGUAUGACAGGUUUGCCUGUUCAUGUAAAUGGAUUUUUCGCCCUCACUCAGAACAGACGCCACAUCAAAACCCCAAACAAAGAUCAAGAUGACCGAAGCAAACUUACCGACAAGUCCUUAUUGUGGAAUUGUUGUUUGAUGGAAGAAGCUCUUCCAAAAGCUUAUGUCACGAUGAUUAAGGAAGCCAUAAUCAACUUCAACAUGAAUCCAGAUGCAGUGUACAAGUAAGGUUAUAUUUUUUACACUUUUAGUGGAAAGUUUCGUUCCAAACGCACCAUCUCACCAAGGUCUUUCUUAUCGUUCUUCUUUUUUUCACAUUAUCAGUCGCCGUGUUUAUUAGCGUGGCCUGUGUAUUAAUUAACGCUAGGACCUCAUUUAUUUCGGGGUAAUUAAUUGUUAUAGGAAUUCUUUAACUUGCUCUUUUGUGCCUGGUAUUAGGUAGAACGGUUGGUUUCUAAUAAACCAAAUAACACAAAAAUUUUGUUUUAUUAGGCUAGUUGACAAAGUUAAUGGCUGGCUUUUCCAGCGCUGGCACUUCGUCAGAGUCAAAUUAAGGGAUUGAGGUUUGAAUGUGUCUAUAUAUCGAAUGGUAAAGCUACUCUCUCAACUGGAAAACGAUAAGAAAAACGGUGAUUGGAAUUUAAGGCGUUUUGAUUGAUUAAACGUAGACGUCAUAAAGAAAUCUCGUCACCGCUUAAAUUAGUGGUCGUAAAGGUUUUACCCUCUUACAAACGACACUUUUAUAUCAUUUGUCUUUUAGAGCAUGGCCAGAUAAGGAAGUUAUUGAUCCGGCUUGGGAAAGGCUUCAGAAACCGUUUUUACAGCUGUUGCGUGGUGAAAGCUUCGUAUACUCUCCAGUAAGUGGAGGUCAGUGGCUUAAGGCGGAGGAGGCCAUUUUUGACACCCUCGACAAAAAUGACAGCGAACUUAAGCAGCUGCUCGUUACAGUUUUACUUCAAGCCAAUCAAAAUGUCGCGUGCCUGCCCGAUCAUGUACUGGAGACUGUAACUGUCACGCGGGAGAUCACUCCCUCGCUGGUGCAAAAUGUGCUGAAAGAAUUCCCAACUUGCUAUAGGAGCCUUGAUCAAACGCAAAAGUUGUUGCUCUUGAAAUUUGUGCUGAAUGGCCAAUUUGAAGAACUCCUUGGUUUGGAGUUACUGCCUAAUGCCAAAAGAGGUUUUUCGUCAUUUUCAAAGAAGGGAGAAGCUAUUUUCAUUUGCUCACGUAAGCCUCCUCAGGAAAUUAACCUUCUACCAGGCCUAGAACAUCGAUUUUUAGACCACGACAUUGAUGAGCACCUCUUUAAAAGCCUAGAAGCAGUUGAAAAGCAAGGUAUGUUUAUAACUAAGUUGCCUGUAUUAGCGUAGGCAAUUGAGAGGAUUAAUGUCUGUAGAAAGCUAAUACAAAUUGGGAAUAAGGUGCUCCAAGGAUAUGAAUAAAUAUUACACCCUAGUACAUAAAAUGUUCAAUAUUUCACUUCAUUUUACAUUAAAACUAACCUUUCACCGUGGUUAUUGGAGAAAAAUUUGCAAACGCUAAGCCAAAUAAAUCGAAGUUAUAAGGCUUUUAACUUAAUUUACAUUUUGAUUUCUUCUCUAUUGUAAGUUAAAAACGGAAACUGUUGUUAUUUUGGGCUCUAAAUGCCAAAAUAAUUUUACUUGAGCGCGAAGUUCAUUAUUUGGAGAAUGAUGAAAAGAUGCCUACAUUAACGUAUUAUUUUGUACAUCAUUCCCCGAGCAAUCACAAAAACAAGUGCGCACGUCUCACACAUGUGACCUCAUUGGAAACUAGCUCUAGUUUGAGAGAUCUAAAUUUCGAAAACUAAUAAUAAACAAAAGCAGAGAGCCCUUUUAUUAAGGCGAUACAAGAUUGUUUUAGAUUUUAAGCUGUUUCCUUGGCGUACAGCCUCCAUUGGGAGAAGUUCCAAAUGCAAGGAAAGAUUCCUGUAUUGAGGGUUAGACCCCUUAUUUACACUAUAUGUUAACAGCAAAAUGUGAGUCUGUCGUGUUUAAUUCUUAUGUAGGGUGUACGCAGUUACAACGUUUUUGUAAAGAUCAUAUUCCGGCCCUACUGCGCGAGACCCUGCCAUCUAAGUGGGUAAAUAGCAACGUUGUCGAAUGGUACCCAGAUGAUGAGAACUACAAUCAUCCCACGGAAAACUGGCUCAAGAGCGUGUGGGACUACCUACGGGAAUAUUUUGAAAGGGAUCUCUACAAACUUACAAACCUUCCCUUAAUUCCGCUUGACCUCUCGCAACGCCCUAUAAAAUUAACAAAGAUGGCAACCCCGUCUAAAGUUGUUACAAGUAAGCUAAGUGAAAGUGAAGAUCUCCUGGACAGUUCCUUGUGUGAUGUACUCAAAGCUUUGGGUGUGAUGGUCAUGAAUGAAUCCCCGCAUUUUCUAAAAGGCCAUCCCGGAAUAGAGAAAUUUGUCCACCCACCAUCUGUCAAAGGUGUUUUGCAAGCUAUGCUGUCUUCUUCCAGCGUAAUGGGGAUAGGCAUGCACUCCGCUAUUCUAAGCAAGGUUCAAGAUGAUGGCAGACGUUCCCUAAGAAAAUUGAUCGCUAAAGUGUCUUCCCUUUCCUCAAAGGAAAAAGAAUAUCUUUCCUGUCUUCCAGUUUUCGAGAAACUAUCUCAAGAGUUCGUGUCGAAAAAGCAGGUUCUAGGUGCAGCACCAAGAGAACCUCUUCCAGUGACACCUCGCGGUGACUUUAUUGACGUUAAAGAAGACGACUCUCUUGCUGUGGUCCGCUUGCUAGGCGUCCGAAUACCGACACUUAUCGAAUUUUUAUGCAAUAGAAUACUUCCAGAUGUCAACAGAGGACACUAUUCAGCGGAAGAGAUUGAUAAGCUAAUGUUUUCUGUGUUGGGCCAUAUUGACACGGACACCAGAUUAGAAGAGGAGAUGAAAGCUUUAAAAUUUGUCCCAACCAACAGUGGACGUCGGUUUCAGGCUAGAGAACUCUUCCAUCCAAGAAAGGACCAAUUGAUGGACAUUUUUGCGAACGAAGAUGUUUUUCCCGUGUUGCAGUAUGCUAAUCCUGAAGUCCUCAGACAUCUGGAGAAACUUGGCCUGAAAGGUGAGGAAGGUAUCACAGCUAAAGACCUCUACAGAAGUGCUAUGAACAUCGCUGACACAACAGCACUGGAAAAGGCGGAGAAAAAGUCGACAGCAAUUCUGAGUUAUUUGCACAUGAAUCCGAAUAAACUUCAGGACGACGUUUUUGGAAUGUCGUUGGGAUUACAGCUUCAAGAUGCUCCUUGGAUAUCACCAGUGCGAGUAAAGCCCCAUGAUUUUCCUAGUAGCCUUCCUUUCUACGGAAAAAAUGAAACAAAACCUUAUUUCUUCAAGCCUACGGAGGUAGAGACAGAAGAUAGAGCGUCCAUAAUUGGAGCAAUAAGGCCUAUUGUUCCAAUUCAUUCAUCAAGUGAUUUAGCGAAACAUUUUGGUUGGGACAAGAGUCCUUGUGCACUGGACGUUGUGAAGCAUUUUGAAAUUGUGGUCGAUAGUUACUGCAAAGAUGAUAAGCCACAUUACAUGUUAAUGGUGGAAGAAAUCUACUCUUUCUUACUUGGGACAGAUGACACUGGCGUGGAACAAGCCUUGGAGAGAAUUAAAAGCUCGAAAUGGAUUUGGAAUGGAGACGGCUUUUCCUUUCCCAAUGCUGUACUUGCGGGAAAGCCUUCUAUUGACCUCUCGCCUUACAUUGCAUCCCUUCCUACAGAGAUGAAUGGCUACUCUGAAUUGUUUUCCAAGUGUGGCAUGCAAGAGGAGUGUGAUGUUUCAUGCUUGCUGUUUGUCCUUCAAUUAAUUAAACAGAAGUAUGAUGAUUGUGAAGAGCAACAGUUUGAUUCUGAAGACGUGGAAAGAGAUCUACAGUUGUCUAUCAACAUUUUGAAUAAGGUGGAAUCUGAAGUCGGUGGCGCGUUAUCUCCAGAACUUCUCCAGGAGGUUUUGCUUCCAACUUUCGUAAAAAACGAUGCUUAUGUGAAGCUAGCGCAAGUGGAAGAUUGCGUUUAUUUAAAGCACGGGUCGCGAUCAUUGAAUGAUGAUGAUGAUGAUGAAAGCAUGGAUCAUUUACUAUUACACAGAAAAGUCCCUUAUAGCACUGCAGAAUAUUUCAACGUUCGAACUUUACAGAACAGCAUGCUAGAUCCUGAUGAGCUUGGAUUUGGGGAAGAGUGUGGACAGGAGGAAAAACUUACCAGUCGACUCAGCACGCUACUGGAGGACUACACCGAUGGAUUUGCAGUACCGAAAGAACUUAUUCAAAAUGCAGACGACGCGGGUGCAACUGAAGUUAAGUUCCUGUACGAUGAAAGAACCAACGAGGAUGCAAUGGACCUCUUGUUUGACGAAGGAAUGAAAGACUGCCAAGGUCCUGCUUUGUGGGUGUACAAUGAUGCUGUCUUUCAGAACAAAGAUUUUGAAAAUCUGACUAAGCUAAAUGGAGCGACAAAAGAAGAAGACACACAAAAGAUUGGAAAAUUUGGACUUGGUUUUAAUGCAGUUUACAAUCUGACAGACGUUCCUAUGUUAGUGAGCCGGAACUACUUUGUUAUCUUUGAUCCUAACACUUUUCAUCUCGGAAGAGCCAUUAGAAACAAAAGCAAACCGGGCAUAAAAAUUGACACCAACAAAAACGUCAGGAAGCUGCGGAGUUUUCGCCAUCAGUUUAAGCCGUUUAAUGGUAUCUUUGGCUGUGAUUUCUGUCUGGAAAAAGAAGACAACUCAUUCCACGGAACACUGUUUCGCUUUCCUUUACGAACCAAAACUCAGGCCAUAAAGAGCGAAAUAAAACAACUUGUUUAUGACUGCAAGCAAAUGAAAGAACUUUUACAGCUUUUUAUCAAAGGGGCUGGAUCAUUACUUCUCUUUACGCAGAAUAUCCGUCGAGUCAGAAUUUUUCACCUAUCUAAAGAGGCGACAGAUGCGACACAACCUAAACUAAUGUUUGAAGUAACGAAGUCGUUAAUGCAAGAAGGGAUCAUACGAAAAUUGUCUAUGGUAGUGGACCUCCCUUCUGCUGCCAGCAGUCUCAGCAAAGAAGAUAAACUCUGUCUGGAGCAAUGUAACUUUCUUAAGGCAUCAACAAAGACUGCUAGAUUUGUCGAAGAAACAGAAAAUCCCAGCGCCGUUUUGCUGAGAUCAGGGCUAAUCCUUGACAUUCAAAGCAUCGUGACGGAGGAUGGACGCCUUUUCUUUCAAGACACUACUACUCUACCAACAGGUGUCGAGACUUGGCUUGUCGCCUCUUCCAUGGGCAAUGGCGAAGCACUGAAGUUUUCCCGGAGUGAAAAAAGUCUCAUUCCUUCAGCAGGAGUUGCUGUUCAACUGUCGAUUGACAAUGGCUCUGUUUCAGGACCUCUAUGUCCCUCAGAUUUUAAAGGAACCUUGUUCUGUUAUCUUCCACUUCCAAUUUACAGUGGUCUUCCUUUACACGUUAAUGGCGCUUUUGCAGUGGCCUCAAACAGACGUGCUUUGAAGCAGAAAACAAAUGACGACAAAGCCUGUGUUGGAGCAGACUGGAACAAUAUUCUAUUCCAAGAUUCAGUAUGCGCAGCGUACCUAGAUCUUCUUGAAGACGUUAAGUCAUCUAGUACUCAAAUUUCUGGGAGCAAAUACAUGUUUCAUUGGCUGUGGCCCUUGUCUUGUAAAGUGGAAAAGGCCUGUGAACCGCUGGCGAGAUCACUUUACGACCACCUUGCUUCUGGUAAAAGUUCCCUUUUCUCAGAUGGAGAAAAAUGGGUCAGCAUCCACGAGGUUGUCUUUCUCGAUCCACAUUUUCGCCAAGAUUCUGAAAUCGGUGACGUUUCAUUUAAAGUAUUUCAGAUGUUGGUUUCUAGAGAUGUAGCUGUGAUCGAUCUUCCUUAUGAUGUGUACAAAUCGUUUGCAAACUAUGGGUACGAAGAACUGAUCCAUUCCAAAAGAUAUGACGUGAACAGGUUCUUUGUCGAGCUAUUUUUCCCCAACAUUGGUUCUGUCCCGACUCAAUUGAGAGACAGGCUGGUCAUGUACGCACUGGAUGAGAAAAAUGAGAGGCUUGACGAGAUGAUUAAGGGCCAUAAAUGCAUUCCAACAACACCGCAAGGUGAAACGCUCAAGUGUCCUAGCCAGCUUAUAAGUCCAAGCAGAACAAGUGCUUUGUUGUUUUCUCCGUUAGAUGAAAGGUUUCCUCACGGCAAUGGACAAACAUUUCUUCAUCCCUCACGUCUUUUUAAACUCCAGCAGCUUGGAAUGUUAACCGACGACCUCCCCUGGACAGAGAUUGCAGAGAGAGCAGAAAGCAUCAGUAUCUUAAAUCAAAUGUCUACGGACGCAGCUUCUAAAAGAGCCAAGAACCUGAUCGCCUUCUUAGAAAAUAAGCUGAUUCGUGACGGCAUACCCUCUUCGCUGAGUGAGGAUCAUUCCAGAAUUUUAAAAGCAAAAUUUCUGCCAGUUCUCAAGAAACCAAAGUCAUUUCCCCUUAUUUGGAAGGGGAGUGAAAGUGAUGGUGGAAAAAAUCAAGUGUUCGUAUCGUCGAUGGAGGGAUUUUUAUCCGAGCACACGUAUUUAGUAUGCUGCAGCCAGCCAAUUAUAGAAGAGCCUAUAGCAGAAAAAGCCAAAAAGUUUCUGAGAUUAGACGGAAAACGACCUACGGUGAUGCAGGUAAUUGAACAAAUUAACGAGGCAAUUUCUACAGGCGCAGGAGCCGGUGAUGCCGAAACUGAAGAAAUAAGAAAAGUUUGCAUCCAGUCAUACGGAUUCCUUCAGGAAGCUCUUGAUAGUCAUGAAACGCAAAUAUCAGAUUUUCUUCAACGUUCACAAUUCAUUCUCGUGGAAGAUAGAUUUGUGUCUUCAAAUCAAGUUGCUUUAAAGUUAGCCGUUGAUUGUCCUCCAUAUUUGUACAAGCUUCCAAUUGAUUUAGCCAGGCGAUACUUAACGUUAAUGAAGGUGGCUGGCGUGAGAGAGGUUUUUCAGGUGGAAGACCUUAUUUCGGCUUUGAAGCGCAUCAAGCAAGAUUUUCAAGACGAAAAGCUAGACGAUAAGACACUUCGUGUUGCAAUAAACCUAGCGGCUCAAUUGAAACAAUCACUGGAGAAGUCCGAAGUGCCGAUUACAGCUGAUAUUAAGAGGACAUCAGUUAACCUUCCAAAUUCGAGGGGAGUAAUGCAACUCGUAAGUGAACUUUGUAUUAACGACUGUCCUUGGAUUUCAAACAACGAAGGCGUCCAGUAUGUCCAUCCUGGAAUCCCCCUAUUAGACUGUUACUACUUAGGAGUUAAAACGCGUAGAGCAGAAGCCUUGCGGCACUAUGCUUAUGGACUCUCAUUUGGUCAGAGAGAAGAACUGGUGAAUCGUUUAAGGCGGAUUUUGGAAGCCUUUCCAUGCGAGAAGGAGCUGUUGAAAGAACUUCUCCAAAAUGCUGAUGACGCUCAAGCAACCGAAAUUUGCUUUGUUCAUGAUCCCCGACACCAUCCCAAGAAAAAAGUGUUCGAAGAAUGCUGGGAACCUUUGCAGGGUCCGGCAUUAUGUGUGUAUAACAACAAGCCUUUCACGCAGGCUGACAUUGAAGGAAUACAAAACCUUGGACAAGGAAGUAAGGGGAGUGACCCAAACAAGACUGGGCAGUAUGGCGUUGGUUUCAAUGCCGUCUACCACUUGACAGAUGUUCCUUCCUUCAUGUCCAGUGGCGAAGAAAUUGGCGACGUCUUAUGUGUAUUCGAUCCACAUUGCCGGUAUGUCCCUGGAGCAAGCUCUCAAGAACCUGGAAGAAUGUACACAGAUACCAAACAACUUAAGACAGUUUUUCCAGACGUUUUUUCCUGCUAUCUAGAAGAACAUUUUCCCAUCGAGAACUCCACUGUGUUCCGAUUUCCUCUUCGAACACAAGAGAUGGCAAAAGUUUCCAGAUUAACAAAAACCCCAAUCACCUCCCAGACACUGAAUGAAAUGAUGCAGUCCCUGAAGAACGAGCUCUUUGAAGUCCUCCUUUUCGUUAAUAAUGUCAAAAAAAUUACUGUAUGCGAUAUCGAUGGAAACAGCGGCAAGAUGGCAGACACGUUCUCAGUUGAGGCGGCGAUGUCGGAUAAAGAUGAGGUGAAACGACGGGAAUUCGCUAAUCAUAUAAAGCAGAUCGGAAAGUUAGCAAAAGAAAAGGGAAGUGUCAUCUUAAAUACCGAAGUUAAAAAGUGCUCCUAUGUCAUGACUCUGACGGACUCUGACGGCAACGAAGAGAAGUGGCUAAUUGUUCAACAAUUUGGCUUUGAAAAACCGGUGUCAGAAAGCAUAGCGUUUGCUUACCGAAAUCAAGAGCUGGGGAUGAUUCCUCGAGGUGGCGUAGCUUGUCUUUUGGAAAAGAAAUCAAAGAAACAUGGAGAAGCGAUUAGAAAAAAGAAGGCUUACUGUUUUCUUCCGCUUCCCAUAGAAACUAACCUUCCAGUUCACAUCAAUGGACACUUUGCUUUGGAUCACGAGGCCAGAAGAAAUUUGUGGUGGGACGAAAAAAGCGGCUACCGAAGUGAGUGGAACAAUGCAAUACUUGGGGAUGUGGUGGCAUCAUGCUAUCUUACACUUUUAGACGAAGUGAGGGGAUUCUACCAGUUACCAUUCAUGGCAAACGAAUCUGAAACUCUAAGAUGUCCUGAAGAUGAUCUCCUGGAGAGGGUUAGACGUUUUGAGAAUUUAUUUCCACAGUUUGAUGGUCCUGGUUCCCACUGGAACACACUUGUUAGAUCAGUGUAUAGGGGCAUGGAUGAAAAACGACUGCGGCUUUUGCCUGUAGUGCGCUGCUCUUCACAAAGUACAGCCCCUGGACGUUUAAUCCAACUCAGGUGGUUUCCGCCAACAGGCAAAGGAAAAGACCAAGCAUUCUUUAACAACAUUGACAACGUUGGAAGCGCCAGCAAGCAGAGUAAACAUGGAGAACGUGAUCUUGGAGAAAUCCUAAUUCAAACAGGGUUUAAUCUGCUAAGUUUUUCCUUACUUGUAUUUGAGGCAUUCAAGAAAUCUGAUGUCAACACCACUUGUGUUUCACCUUCCUCGGUAUUAGAUUUCUUCAAGACGUACAGCUCUCAAGAUUACCUUGGCACUGUUGGAAUCGAUAUCAGUGAGACGCCGUUCGAAAACGUCCAAAGUCUUACACUUCUGCUCAGGUACUGCAAGAGAGAUUUUCAUUUUCUGAAAAGAUUACAUGGUCUUCCGUUGCUCCUAACGCAGGACAACAUACUUCGGGCAUUUGAUGUUUGCAAUCCCAAGUUUUUGUCUCGCUACCACGACAUUUUGCCGAAUUCGAAAGACAUGUUUGUCCAUGAGCAUGUAAGAUACAACCUCUUCGAUGACACUGCAAGUCUCGAGUCACAUGUAUUCCAACGUUUUGAUGUCCAGGCUUUUUCUUUCCUUUUACCGGAUUCUUUGCCGGCGUGUUCGUUUUGUCGGUCAGAUGAAUACGUUACGUGGAAACCAGAUAGCACGCUUCAGCCAAAUAGUUGGUGGAUCUCUAGAGUCUGGAGCUUCCUUGGGGAAGAGGUAGCACGCUUUCAGCGAGGUUGGCCAGGAAGUGGAAGCAUACUGUCAGUACUGAAUCCUCUGACUAACUGGAACAUCCUCCCUGCAACUGAAGUGCAGGUUGAAAUUGACUCAAAUGAUCCAAGUGUGGUCAACGAACAAGUGUUGGUUCCCUUGACACUAGCCGAAUCUGUUCUUGACUUUAGGGAGCAAUCUAGAAGUAGUCCACUGGAUUCAGCUUUGAGAGACCUGGGUCUUCCUGAGCUGAAUUGUGCUAUUUUUUCUGCCUCGUCUGCAAACAAAACGUUUUUGGCUUCUCAGCCCAUUGCAAGGCAAAUUGUAGCAUCGCCUGAAAAACCGAGUUCUAUCCUUGCAGCACUCCUCCAAAAGAUGAAGCGAAACCCACAGUCCUUGCAAGGAAAAUUGGAUCCUUCAAGUUGUAAAGUCAUCCUUCAGUAUUUUGGCCACAACGUUGAACUCCUCGAGAAAACGCUUUCCACAAACGAUUUAGAGUCUUGCAAAACUACUCUGAGAAAGUUGCCCUUUUAUUCAACUAUAGACGGUCGUCUUGUCAGUCUAAAUGAACAAAAAGUUUGCGUAAUACCAAGUGUUAUGCCUCGAGAAGAGAUGGCCCUGUUACAAGAAGAAGUGAAAAUGUUGUUUCUGGAAUCCAUGGAAGAUCUUUCCAAGCUAUUUAAAUUUUUGCGAUUUGAUUCCAUCUCGACUGUGGAUGUGUAUUGUCAGUCCGUCUUACCACAUUUCCAGGUCUUCAGUACCGAGGCACGGCAGAAGCACCUCAAGUAUAUCCGCGACUCCUUGCUUAAUGAUGCGAGCGAUGAGUACAGACUGUUGCAAUGCUUGAAUAACACAGAAGUCAUAUCCAGCAAAGAGGGAACGUUGAAAAAAGCGUCUAGUUUCUAUGACCCAAGGAAUGAAGUUUUCAAAGCCAUGCUUCCCGAAGAAAUCUUCCCACCUGUACCCUACAACUGUCUAGAGUGGUUGCCGUUUAUGAGGAAAAUAGGAAUGAUACAUGAAAUUUCCCGUGAUCAUUUCAUCAAGUUUGCCAGGGAAGUUGCACAGGAGGCAUCACAGCGCCGUGCUUCGAAGACAGACGAGAAGUCAAAGCUUCUUGUUUCCAACCUUUUGAAACGAUCGAAACCAUCAGAUGGACUGCUGCAAGCGGUUUGUAAUGUUCGUUUUGUAGUCUCAGAUCCAGUCGCGGAUGACCUUAAAAAGUUACAUUCACAGUAUGGUUCAAAGGACGAUGGCCCCAGUCCAUACAUUUCAUUUCAAGACUCUGUUGUUUCUGAUCAUACUGAAACCGUGUGGACAGCAGCGCACAUACUUCCACGAUGGGCUGAUCCGAGAUUUUGUUUUGAAAUGAAAGUACCUCACUACUUAAAGAGGGACGAUUUUACCAGCUNCAUCAAGUUUCCAAACAAAAUGACAAGAAAUUUGCUGACGAUCAGGGUACCACGAGGAUGUCAGUCAUGA